AUGCCGUUGGACGUUGCUCAUUCGCAAGCCCCGGACCCUCCCAUGCGUCGUGCCGCAUCUGAAGCACCCCCUCAAGUUACCUUAUGGCAGUUUGGCGGUGAACGUCUACUUAACGGGAAACUCACCCUCCCACUCGUCCCUCUUGGAACCGCAACCCCGACCCCGCCAGCCUCUGCCUCACGGGCUACGCUGGGACCGCAAACGACGUACCUCUACCAGGUGGUCAACCCCAGCCCGACAACAACAGUGAGAGAUGGGUUGUUUACGACCGAAACUGUGGCCGUUACAGGCGCCAGAACGAUCGUCGCCAGCGCCUCGGGGUGGUAUGAGCCACUCCCAAGCGGCGCCAGCAUCCAGUGCAGCUUCGUCAACACGACUUACGGCGAAUGCUUCGAUGGAAAGUCGGGUUCUACGACACUGGCGAAUCGCGGAAAGCCCACGCCUGUUGUUCUUGCUGUGUCUAUUGCCUCCUCCGUUCCUUCCACUUCCACCUCCCUCGCGCCUUCUGCAUCUUCCUCCUCCCCUGCCCGUCCCCACCCAAGCACCCUUGUUGGCGUUGUCGUCGGCACCAUCAUUGGCCUCAUGAUCAUCGUUCUUUUCGCAUUCCUCACAUUCAUUUUCCGCCGGCGCACUCGGCUCCGACAGCGGCGGUCUGAGAUGAUUCGCUUCCCUUGUCCAGAGUCCACGACUUCGCUGCCAGGUCAGAAGCAGUGGUCCGCACCGCAGGUUGAAACCGGGCAGUAUGGGUCUGUCGGUUUGGUUACACCAACAACAGGGACAUUCAGCCCCAGCUACGUCCAGUACAAUGACAGCGCCCAUUCUCUAUACCCGCCCACCCUCACUCCCGCAACGACAUCGGUUCCUAACACCCAUUCUCAGUGGCGCUCGGGGGAAACGGCACCCUCCUUGAAUGCACCCCCGACCACUUCUCUUCCCGGGGGCGAAGGGAGGGACAAGGCGUUGCCCCGGAUUCCCGACCGGAAAUCGACAGCGACCGCGAUUUACGACGAGCCGCCGCCCAGACCCUCUUUUGCCUCUCGACACGACAGGCAAAUGGAAGAAGAGGAGACGGCUGCUCGUCCGUUGAAACGCGCACGAAGCGACUCGCCUUUGCUCAACGAGGAACUGCCGCAGCGCAACACCGACUUCUACUUCGAGUCUGACACCCUUUGUGUCAUCCGUGUCGAGCAGACGCUCUUCAGAGUCCACAGAUACCUUCUUAUACAGGCUUCUCCCAUCUUCGCCAACCUCUUUGAACUCCCUCAAGGAAACUUGGUGAUCGAAGGGACCAGCGAUGCGAACCCCAUAGUUUUGCCCGAUUCUGCGGCAGAUUUCGCUAGCUUGCUGAAAUAUCUCUACCGAAGCGCUUCUGACGCCGGCGCUCAGGACAUCCCAGUUUCAGAGCUUCACAACGUCUUCGGCGUUGCGCGUCUCUCGCACAAGUACGAGAUGGCCAGCUGGCAGAAGUGGGCUGCGCGGUGUCUCCGCGAACUUGUAUCAUCCAGCGGGGCAGUGUUCUCCUCCGAAGAUUUUGUGGAAGCGUACGACCUCGCCUACCGCCUCCCUGACCAGAAUCUUCCCAAGAAAUUGUGGGUUGUGUGGUGGAAACGCGUCGCUGAUGGCCAACUUCCGAUCGUCCCCGCGCUCGAUGCCGGCGAAAAGCACAACCACCGCUCCUUCCUCGCAUCCUUGUACGAACUCGAACUCGCCACGCUACCGAUGGGAAAUGCCGCGCCAGUUUUGAGCUUCCCGGGCUUCAAGCCGGUCCACAUCCAGCGGAUCUUUGUUGGUCACUGGUCCCUUUCGAACUGGUGGACACAGUUUACGGAGACAAUCCCUGUUUUCCCGAUCACCAGUGAGCGCUCCUGUCAGCAAGCGGGACAACAUGUCCCGCAGUGUACCGCGAAUUACGCCCGCAUCUGGAGAGAUGCGUAUACAGCUGCAGCCGCCAAAUAUCCGUCUACGUCGCAAGUCCGCCAGCGUGUGGUAGAGAUGACCAAGUCCUUCACUAGCCCUCAGAUUUCUGGGACUCUCUGCCGGUACAAAGCAGGCGCGGUUGACGACCCGCUCGCAAAAGCGACCAAGGCUCUAUCGAGCUAUACAAACCAUUUUUUCGCCGCUGAAAACGGUUUAGCUUCGGCCGAGUGA